UAUAUAUAUUACAACUACACAGUUGAUAUCACCAAAUAAAAACACAAAAAAAAAAAAUCAUGAAGGCACACAACAUUUUUCUCCUCAUAUUAGGCCUUGCUACUUACAUUACUUUCAUUUCUUUAAAACAACAACCUUAUCAUCAUAACUACUACUAUUUUGGCAACAACAUCUACAACAUCCACAUUAUCAAUGGCUUCACCAACAAUUCAUCUCUCCCAUUGAUCGUGUGGUGCUCGUCCGAUGAUGACUCCGGUGACAUUGGGGGACGUGCCCUCCAAGAACGCGAUGAUUUUAGUUGGAGUGUCGAAACAAAAUUUUGGAAGAACACUAUGUACUUGUGUACAAUGAAAUUGGACCAAAAAAGGAGGAAAUUUCAAGCUUUUCAUGGUAAUAGAGAUGUUCAAAGGUGCAAUCCUACAAACCAUUGUUUUUGGUUGGUCAAAGAAGAUGGUUUUUAUUUUAGUAAUGAUGAAAUAUAUUGGCAAAAAGAUUUUUCUUGGAUUUGAG